GUAUGUACAUACGGAGUAGUUCAGUACAUGGUGUUUGUGCAAGAUUAUCAUUACUCUUCUUGGGAAGCUAGAGAAAUGCCGUGGCCACUCGUGUACACGAACCCGCAAACUAAUUUCAGAUCGUCCGAUUCAGCUCGAUCGAUCAUUCCCUUAUUCUCGACUGUAAAAGCCGCGAGGGAGAAAUAGAAAGAUAUCAAAAAAAAUUUAUAAAAACACACAACCCCAUUUCUCUGGUUGUCGUGACUGGUCUCUUUUCCUCACUUUCAAAACCAGUUAUUUUGCUAGACAGCUGAUAAAAAACCUACCCAGCCCUCUUCUGCUCCCCUCACUUCGUACCAAGAUGAAGUUCCUCCCAGUCAUUUUCAUCUCUCUUCUUAUUGCGGCUACUACAGCUCUCCCAACUGAUGACAACCCAGCUGUGUCAGAGAAUAUUUGUGCCGCCAUAAGGCAAGCUCAGGAAAACAGGGACAGUGCUAAGGCGGCGUAUCGGAAAAAUCCAUCGCUCGAAAAUCUGAAACAGCUGAACGCUGCCAACGAUAGGUUGGCCUCGGCUGUAGUGGUGAGUUUGAUAAGAUUACGCGUACUCUUGAUCUAUACAGAGCUAAUAUUAAAUGGUUUGUAUAGAUGUAUCCAGCUUGUGGGACACAAAGCUCUGUCUAGCGUACGGAAUCGAAGGCGAACAUGCCAGGAAGAAAACCAUAUAGUGACGAUUUUAUACCUAGAGGAUUCUUCGCUAAUAGGGGCAAUGAGACUGUUCCCGGCUACGCUGUGAGACGCGUGUGUUUGGCUGUGAUGGGGGGAGUCGUAGCAGGGAUGCGAAGGAAAA